UGCGGCUGCGAUUCGGGUCUGGGAGUCCGAACCGCGGGUGAACUUGGGCGCCGCGUUCCGGGUGACGGAGCGGGGAUGGUGAGCGCGAGCUGCUGCUCCUGACCCCGCUGCGCCGCCGCCGCUCCUCGGGCUGCCGAGCUCGGGCCCGUCUCUCCCCUGCCCGCCCGCGGGUGAACCUGCAGGCUCCUUGCCCACCCCGAGGACUUUUUUUUGAAAGGAAUCAAGGGAGGGAGGGAGAGGGAAAGAGGGAGAGAACGAAGGGGAGCUCGUCCAUCCAUUGAAGCACAGUUCACUAUGAUCUUACUCGCCUUCAGCACUGGAAGACGGGUGGAUUUCGUGCAUCACUCGGGGGUGUUUUUCUUGCAAACCUUGCUUUGGAUUGUGUGUGCUACAGUCUGCGGAACGGAGCAGUAUUUCAAUGUGGAGGUUUGGUUACAAAAGUACGGCUACCUCCCACCAACUGACCCCAGAAUGUCGGUGCUGCGCUCUGCAGAGACCAUGCAGUCCGCCCUAGCGGCCAUGCAGCAGUUCUAUGGCAUAAACAUGACAGGAAAAGUGGACAGAAACACAAUUGACUGGAUGAAGAAACCUCGAUGUGGUGUACCUGAUCAGACAAGAGGUAGCUCCAAAUUUAAUAUUCGUCGAAAGCGGUAUGCAUUAACAGGACAGAAGUGGCAGCACAAACACAUCACAUACAGGUAUAAAAAUAAUGACAAUGUUCUCUCAGUUAGAAAUGACUUAUUUCUCGUAGCAGUUCAUGAGCUGGGACACGCUUUGGGACUGGAACAUUCCAAUGACCCCACUGCCAUCAUGGCUCCAUUUUACCAGUAUAUGGAAACAGACAACUUCAAACUUCCUAAUGAUGAUUUGCAGGGCAUUCAGAAGAUAUAUGGUCCACCUGACAAGAUCCCUCCGCCUACAAGACCUCUACCGACAGUGCCCCCACAUCGCUCCAUUCCUCCAGUGGACCCAAGGAGAAAUGACAGGCCGAAGCCUCCUCGGCCUCCCACUGGCAGACCUUCCUAUCCUGGAGCCAAGCCCAACAUCUGUGAUGGCAACUUUAACACUCUAGCUAUUCUUCGCCGUGAGAUGUUUGUUUUCAAGGACCAGUGGUUUUGGCGAGUAAGAAACAACAGAGUGAUGGAUGGAUACCCCAUGCAGAUUACUUAUUUCUGGCGGGGCUUGCCUCCUAGUAUCGAUGCAGUAUAUGAAAACAGUGAUGGGAAUUUUGUCUUCUUUAAAGGCAACAAAUACUGGGUGUUCAAGGACACAACUCUGCAACCUGGUUACCCUCAUGACUUGAUUACUCUUGGAAAUGGAAUCCCUCCUCAUGGUAUUGAUUCAGCCAUUUGGUGGGAAGAUGUUGGGAAAACCUAUUUCUUCAAAGGGGACAGGUAUUGGAGAUAUAGUGAAGAAAUGAAAACCAUGGACCCUGGCUAUCCCAAGCCAAUCACAGUCUGGAAAGGGAUCCCUGAAUCUCCUCAGGGAGCUUUUGUGCACAAAGAAAAUGGCUUUACUUAUUUCUACAAAGGAAAGGAGUAUUGGAAAUUCAACAACCAGAUACUCAAGGUAGAACCUGGAUAUCCGAGAUCCAUCCUCAAGGAUUUUAUGGGCUGUGAUGGACCAACAGACAGAGAUAGAGAAGGACACAGCCCACCAGACGAUGUAGACAUUGUCAUCAAACUGGACAACACAGCCAGCACUGUGAAAGCCAUAGCUAUUGUCAUUCCCUGCAUCUUGGCCUUAUGCCUCCUUGUAUUGGUUUACACUGUGUUCCAGUUCAAGAGGAAGGGAACACCCCGCCACAUACUGUACUGUAAACGCUCUAUGCAAGAGUGGGUGUGAUGUAGGGUUUUUUUUCUUUCUUUUCCAGAAGUUUGUGGUAACUUGAGAUUCAAGACAAGAGCUGUUAUGCUGUUUCCUAGCUAGGAGCAGGCUUGUGGCAGCCUGAUUCAGGCUGACCUUCCAAACCAGAGGGUUGCUGGUCCUGCACAUGAGUGGAGACACACUCAUGGGGAAGAUUACAUGAUGCACAGUUAUCUGCCGUUCUUCAGUCCUUUGUCUUUCUUUGUCAUGCAGUUCUAGGCCUUUCCUCUGCACGUUCAAUGCCCAGUAAGAUUUCUGGAUUACCUAAAGAAGAGGAAAAAAAGAAGAAGAAAAGAUGCUUCUUAAAGGAUUUUAAUAUUAUUUACCUUCUGAAGUCUGAUCCCAUUUCUGGGAGAGAAAAAAUAAAAAGAAGCAAAACAGAAAACCCAUAAUUUUUUUUUCUUUUUUUUUUGCUUUAAAGCAAAGGAAAAAAAUUCCACAAUUGAACUUUCAGGAAAGUGUGAAGACCCAAAACAGCUUUGUCUCCAAAGAAGAUAGCUCUGUGACUGCUAUGGAUAGUCUCCUGCACAUCACUUUGUCAGGUGGGAGAUCUGGAAUACACAUGCAGGACUUCAGACUGUUGGGACAGCCAUUUUCCAACAAACAAGGGGCCAAAAUAUCUGCAAUAUAGUAACAGCCUUAAUAAUACAUCCAUUUUUCAUUUUCUACAGCUGUUCUCAGCUAUGUCCUCAAUGUUUCAUCACAUUUAUAUUCAUAGCUAUAUUCAAACAGGAUCUUUUAAUUGUUUUGAAGUGUUUCUAAUCCCCUUCUUGCCACCAGACCCCUACAUCAUUGUGAUAAUCUGCCCAGGUUGUAUUAGGCCAUUGCCCCAGGCCUUCCAUGGGUCUGUCAGGAAUAUUCAUUACAAAGCAGAGCAAAAAGCACCAUGUCCUGAGGUAGAUUACAGUGACAGUCAUAUUAUAAGGAUCGAUGACUCUUGUAAUACAUUGAUGUAACCCUUUGAGAACUAUCAGACCUGCUUUAAGAGUCUUAUUAUCCAAUUAGAACUAGGCAAUGGUAAAACAAUCACAGGUUGAAGAAGUUCUGGCUUUUAUAACGUAUUCUCUGAUCUCAUGUAAUUCUUGGGUGAUUUACAGCAGUAAAUAAAUGCAUUUAUAACAAACAGAUAUGGUGUUACUUGCCAAACAUUUUCUGGCAAAUAAAAGUGAUAUUUUGUUAACAGUACCUUAUAAGAGUAAAAUUUUAUUUCAACAACUGGUUAUAAUAACCUAAGUCUUUUUUCCCUUAGACAGACUGUAUUUUUAUUUUAAAAUGCAUUGCAUGAAAAUUGAAUUUACCUUGGUACAAUGCAGUCAACAUUGCCAUUUAAAAAUGAAUUAAAAUGGUGACUCUGAGAUUGCAUGAAUGUCCUCCAGUGCAUUACCUAUUGCAUGUCAACCAUAGUUCUCAAAGGGUUAGUGUAGCUUCUGGCAUUUAGCCAUCCAUUAGGUCACUGACAGAGCCAAGAGAUCACCAAAGCAUUUCAUUGUUGAGUGUAAUUUGUCCAAACAACAGUAUUGUCAUUUUCAUGUGACCUGUAGAGCAGGUUUGUAUCAAUAUUUUUUUCCUAGAGAAAAGUCAGCAACUGACAGACCUCUUUAUUGAUUUUUAGGAGCUGCUUCUUGCAGUGAAAGGCUUUACAGCCACUGGGCUGUGAACUUAUUAGAGAUGGUCAGAAGGAAUGCACCCCAUGAGUCAGACAUUGGCUUUGUGUGAAAGCCAGCUUUUGAGGGGAUUAGCUUUUGAAACAAUGAACAGCUUGCCUUGAACUUGAUUAUUGAUCUGUUGACUGUCAUUAACAACAACUUAAACAUUGUCUUCUGUGAAAAUUUUCCUUGAAGAGUCCUGUUCUAUGUCUUUGCCCUUUGACUUUUAACUUGAAAACUGGCACAAACUGAGGAAUUCUGUUGUGGCUUCUCUAUCAGAUGGUGAAUUGUUCUCUAAAACCUAGUCAGCAGGAGCUGUUUCCCUAGAGUGGAGAGAGGAAGGGUGUUGACAGUGCAUCUGCGGGUGAACACUUUGCUCCUUACAUGCACACCCUCAAAAAUGCCCUAUAGGUAGAAGUGACUCUUAUUUUCCUUUCAUAUAAUUUCAAGCCUAAGUUCAUCAUUUUAGUACAAAUUAUAAAAACUAUAGGGAAAAAAACCUCAAAUACUUGAAUGGCCAGUGUGGCUUUUAUAUAAAGCAGGAAUUUUAUACUAGUGAAAAUUUCUUACUCAUUUGCUAAUACACAUUUCCAGAUGAUUUUUAAUGAGUGUAGGUAUACAUUCUUAUUUGGAAAUGGAUAGUUUGGCUGCCUUGAAUUUAUAUUUAUACUCAACAUUGCAUGAAAACUAGAAUGCCUUUUGGUUAAACUACAUGUUUAUGACUUGGUUGGGGGAAAUAUUUUCUAAUCAUGGGUGGCAUGCUGGAAAGCCUUGCAGAUUGAUAUUUCUUACAAUCUGAGCAUACUGUAAGCCUAAGAAUUAAAAAAGAACACAUAGCAAAGAGGAGUGGCUUCACAGCAAAACAUUAUGCCAUGCAGACUGCAUUUUGACAAGAUAUGAAGAUCAUGAAUGUGAGGGCCACGAAAGCAAGGAAAGAGAACCAGAAUCAACCCUGUAGCUUUACUUCAGUGCUUCCAUUCUAGAUGAUCCUGGUAUUAUAAAGAGUUAAGUCAUUACUGCUGAGCAUAGAGGAGUUUAUAUAUAAGCUUGUUUAUGUAGUGUUUGCUUGUGGGAGGGUUUAAUCCUUUCAGGACUUCGAUGUCAAAAAAGAAAAAGACUAUAUUUUGCUAAAGAUAGAAAUGAGGAACUGUGUCAUUUUGGGACAUGUGCAAAUCAUUGAGGAACUCCAUCAACCUGCAUUGAAAAAAUUUUUUUCUCUAAACUGAGAAACAGAAUAAGCAAUCUAUUUCCUCUAUUCAUUCAUCACAGUAUCCUGAUUCAUCACAAGACUGUAAGUAUAUAAGGGCUAGAAAAUAAUCAUAGCAUUAAGAAAGAAGGUGUCAGUCAUUUUGCUUGAAUUCUGGUAAAAGUCAUGGAUGAGUUUUGGGUCAUAUUUACUUAAAUAUGAGAAGAGUUUUUGUGCAAUAAGAAAAAGCAUAUAAGGUUGUUCUGACUGGGAUGUUUAUCAGACUAAGAAUGCAAGAAAAAAGAAAAUAAUAAGUACAAUGUAAUCACAAACACUGGAAUUUCAUUUCUUUAUUGUAUACCAGGCAUUUUAUGAGUAAAGUUGCUGCCUCCUUUUCCACUUGAGAUUUGGAAAAAAGUGUCAGUCCUAAGAGAAUAGUGAAAGGGAGAGUAACCGAUUGACCUAGAAAUGAGAAUAACAAAAAACAAUAUAGAAUAGAUUUAUGUGGGUCCACAAUGUACUACAUCAGUUCAGUAUCAGUAGAGACAUGCACCUACCAAACAGUUUUCAUCAUCUCAUCACUAGAAAUAUAAAAGUUCAGACCUAGGGUUUGCCAAAGAAAAUGAAAACAUACUCAUUCUCACACAAAACAAUUUUUGCUUCAUUAUUUCUUAAUAUCUAAUAUAAACACAAGUUUAAACCAGAUAGUUAUAUACAUAAAGUGACUACAUAGUUCAUAAUUUUAAUGAAAUAUUGUUUUGUACAUUAUUAACUGAACUGAAUGGAAUAUUAAAAUAGUUAAUCAGCUUGAAAUCUCUGUGAAGCAGUAAUUUCACACCAGACCAUUGGAAAAGUUUGUAAAUUUAACUAUUGGCUUAUUUCAGAACAAAAUGUCUGUGGACAUGGCAGCCAUCACAAGCAAAUAUAAAUGCCUUUUAGAAUUGCAAAGAUUACAUAGUGAAAAUAAAGAACAUUAUGUGACAACUUCUGCUAUCCAAGAGCAAGACUCUUCUGAAUCAUAUGUAAUAAGUUACUAAGUAAUGAUUACAAAAAAAUUAUCAAGUAAGAAAGGAUACAGGCUGAUUUAUUGAAAUAAGCAAAUGUUACAUUUAUUAGUCAAAUUGCCUAUAAUCUUUUCAUUGAUACAUAAUUUGGCUUUUCAUAUACUAUGUACUUCUUUCCUUUCUGUGUGAUUUUAAAACACAAUAUAAUGGAUAAAAACAUUACCCAAACUUCACUGGUAGUUCCAAUAUAUGAAUGAUGGUGUAUAUACUGAAUCCUAGGGAUAAUCAUGUAAUAUUUGCAAGUGAUACAUAUUGUGUUGAUAUCUCUAAUAUGGUAUAAAUACAGACCCGUGCUUUGUGGCUCUUCCAGUAGAAUAACCAGUGUGUUCUUAUUGACUAAACUCAGUGUGCUGUCUGAAGAGGAAUGGAUAUUAUAUACAAAUAGACUUGUUAAACAAGAGUCAUGAAAAUGAUCUUUUUAAAAAGUUUUUGGAAUUAUUUCCAAAAACUAAUAAAGGUCGUGAUUUAUUGAUAAGCUUUGAGUCUGUGAAAUUGUAGUAUAUACUAAAGCAAUCUUGUGGAUGAUGAUUAGAUCUUUUCAGCAAACAAAGCAAAAAGUUUGGGUUUUUGUUUUUUUUUUUUUUGGUACCGGGGAUCAAACUCAGGUCCUUGCGCUUGCAAGGCAGGCGGCGGAACCACUGAGCUAAAUCCCUGGCCCUAAAAAGUUUGUUUUUUGAUGUUCUUAAGAGCAUAUUACAAAGUGUCACAGAUGUCAAACAGAACAUGCCAUCUAACCAAAAAUGUAAAACUCAGAUGACCUUUUACAAAUAGCUGUAAAUACAAUCUCAGCCAAAACAUGAGAUCACAGAAUGUGUCAAGUCAAAUCAUACUGAAGAAUCUAACCAUCCUGUUGGAUUUUAUGUACCUUCAUGAUACUGAUUUAUUAUGACCACAGGAAAUGAGUGCCAGAAUAUAAGUAUCUACCUUACGGGUUCCAUCUUGCCUGAGAAACAGCCAUAUCUACAUCAGAAAACUAUAAACAAUUAUCCUUUAAAAAUUAGAAUUUUAUGUAAUAAAGCAACAGCAAGGGGUAGUAUCAUAACAUUAAUAUGAGAGCUAAAUAUUUAAUAAAUAACUGCAGUAGAGGAGGAGGAAAAGAGUCUUGUAAAAUAGACACAUUCUAGCACUGUUUAAUAAUAAAACUGGAAAUUUUACCUUAGCAAGUAUAAAAACAGUGAAAAAUGCACCUUCAAGCUCUUCUCACUAGUGAUAUAUCAAUGUAUAUAUUUAGCCAGUGGUCAUUAGAUAUUAUCUUCCUAAACACAUCUGAUACUCAUGCAUUGCCUUGGCCAAAAAAUGUCAGAAGUAGGUGUUCUGUAACCUCAACUGGAAAGAUAUAUAAUGUUAGAAUCCCUGAGCAAAGCCAUUCCCUAGGAUAGAAAUUUACCUCGAUAGUCGUAUAAUACAAAACACUUGGCAUAGUAGCAAAAAAAGUUGCCUUAGUGUUCUAGUCUCAUCUGAUUGUAAUCUUUGACUUUAACAUAACACUCAAAUCAUUUCUCAUGUUUCCCCAUUUUUGUAAUUUUGAAGUGAUUCUGAAAUAGUUCAGGUCAGAUUAAUAAUGUCCAAUUACAAACAUCUUUUUCAAUAUGUGUAUACUUUGAAAUUUAAGCCAAUAGUAUAGAAAGCCUAAAAACAAAUGCUGAUUUGGCAUAUUGCAGAAACUGAGGGAAAAAUACAGGUGAUAUCAUGAAAUUCCUGACAAUUUUCUGGUAGAAGGCAAAAGUAAUAGCCUUCAAUUUUGAAGAGAACUGUGAGCUUAUAACUAAUGGGACAUAACACACAUCCUUUUUUAGAACAAUGAUAAUUCUUUAUACCAAGUAAAAAUGUAAGACCACAAGAACCUUAGUGCUAUAACAAAGUCUUCACAGGCAUGCAUAACUAAUACUUUUCAAGAAAAAUGAGGGCAUAACCAGUAAUUCAUAGUCAGUACAUGAUAUGUACAAAAAGUUAUACAUGAAAAACAUUUAUAUAUGGAGAUUUUUAGGGAUUCUAUGCCUUUUGAAUUUAAAGAACAGUAUGUCUUCAAAUUUUUCUUACACUAAGACUGGUAAUAAUCAAGUUUUACUCAAUGUGUCCUUACAUUAAAGGGCAUGCUGGGCAGUGUAGGAACACAUGUCAUAAAUUUGAAUGUCAUGCUGAUUCACAAAACUUUGCCAUGUGCUCUGCUAUAGAGCUAGAUUUAUAUGCCCUUAAGAAGGGAAAAUAUCAGUUCAAUAUAAAUAUGAAAAUAUGAUAAUUCUAACAUGUUAGGUCACUCAGCUUCAGAACAAGAGGUCAUUAACUUUUAAUUCACUUAGAAAAACUGGAGAUGAUGAACAAGAAUGAAAUGAUAAACAUUUUGACUAAUGAAGAUGUAUAUUGACUAUUUUUUUCACUUCCUUUUAUCCAUAGAAAAAAGCAUUAGUUUCCAUUGAGACAUUUCUGUAGCUCUUGGACUAUAGUUAGAAUGAAUCCCAGGCAUAGUAUUUUUGGAAACUGGUGAUUUUAUACAUGCCUUAUAUAUGAUGAAGCUUUGGUCAGACGCGACUGCAUGGUAGGAUGCUUCUUCCUGGUAUAAGACCUGAUGCUGCUUGUACUUGCCACCUUCUAUGCGAAUGUAUGUCGCUACAUUGGCCUGUCUCGCCAAGAUAGGGAUGAAUAAAGCCUGGUGUGAGCUAUCUGCUUGAGAAGUCAGUAGGAUGCAUGUUUGUUUGCGGUCCUGUAAUGUCAAUUUGAACUUGUUCCCUCUAUAUUUUAACAGCCCAGUUUUUGAGAUUAAACACACUUUGCUUGAAUGAAUGAUUUUUAUGUGAUACAAAAUUAUCCUUAAUUCAAUGUCAUAAUUUCUUUGCUCUCACUGGAAUAAUAUCACAGAGGCCACAUUUCUUUUUACUGUCUUCUCACAGCUUUUCAGUAUAUACAAUUGCUUGCAUAAAUUGAAUUUUUAGUCUUUUUUGUCAUGCACUUCUUAUCUGUUAUGGAAUCCAUUAUUCCUUUCUAUAUUCAUAAAUACAAACUUUGACAAUCUUACUUGACUUUCAAACCAACAUAGUUUCCAAACAAAGGUGAGCAUAUGCCUGGUUUUUCUGCUUCUUUGAAUCAGAGAUCAUUAUUUGUUUGCUUUCUGUUUGUCACCCAAAAAUAAGAUAGUUUGGAGAGCUAACCUGAAUUGAACAGCAUUGUGCAUUAGAAAUAGUUCCCAGGAAAUAUGUUUUUGUUCCUCAGUAUUUUCCUGCAGAAAUUUCAUGCAAAGACUAUUCCUUGUACAUUUCACAUGUUCCUGUAUCUUUCAUUAGUUUCUAACUUUUAUAGAGCUAUUCCUUGAGAAAAGUGAAAUGCUGAGUACAAUGGCUGUUGCCUCCUGAUAAGGCAGCUAAAGAAAUUUGUUUUUGGAGAGUAUAUCUUAAAUAAUUAUAUAGUAAAAUGAAUACUAUAAUAUAGUGUUCAGUUUAAAGUACGUGAAGACGUGCAUGCCUAAAGCCUUGAGUCUUUGAUCUGUUCUCUUUACAUAUAAAUUACAUAUAUACUAGAAAGAGAGCUAGAAUAAAAGAAUUAGGAAUAUUAUAGCAGCAGCUUUUUGCUGCUUUGAUUUUGACUGGAUCAGCAUUUCUAUUGUGGACCUCUAUUUUCAGGGGUUUUAGAGAGUUGGCCAUAAAAAUUUGCUUUGCUUUAAGCUUAAAAGUCUUGAAAGAUUUUUUGUUUUAGGUAUCUAAUUUUAAACAAAUAUGUCUUUCUUUUAUAUUACAGUAAAGAAAUAAAUGGAAUUAUUAGUUCAAUUUUGUGCUAAUAUCUUUUAAUAAACAUAAUUUUGAAACAAAACCAAAAUCAAAUUAGAUCAUGGUUUGUUAAUUUUAAAAAUUUAAUAUUGUUGACAUUGAGAAAUUUGCCUGCUUCAUCAGUAUAGUUACCUAUCUUUAAGAUGUUUGAAAACUUGUAUACCUGUAUUAACAUUAUCCUGAUUCCAGUAGCGGAUCAGUAUGAUAAUGAGUGCAGAUUUGUGACAUGCUUACGAUUUAUCUGGUAAUAUAGAUUUGGAAAUAUAUAGUAUAUAUAAUACAUAUAUAUUUACUAGAUAGACUAAGGGGAGAAAGCUCCUAUGAAUUUAGUUUGUCAAAUAAAUACCAUAUAUUAAAGAAAUUGCACAGACAUUUAUAUUUCAGAGUCUGAAUGAGAUGCAAGUAAUUGCAAAGGAAAGUUGUCUCUUGGGAUAAACAAUAUACAUUUUAUAGCUUCUUAUAAAAAUCAUUUUUCCUUCCUAUAUUGUGGUUGUGGAAAAUUAAAAGAAUUAAAAUUAAUACAGACUUUGUUUUAAAUAACAUUAAACUGUGAAGCAGAGAGAAAAACGCCAGGAAAUUAAAAAUUUAGGCCAUUAUUUUGUGGUUGUUUGAAAAUACUUUAAUUUCUCCUGAUGUUUGAGUUAUGAUGAAAGUAUUAAAAUCUAUCUUCAAGUAUCUAGAUUACUCACAUUACAUUACACUCUUUCAUCAAGUUUGUUUUUUAUAACACAUAGUUUUCUAUGUGCAAGGAAUGAAAUAUUGCCUUUUUUGCUGAAUGAGUUCUAAGAUUUCUAAGUCGUGAGUUCUGGAGUUCUUCUCACACAGGAUUCUAUACAUGUCUACCAUCUUAAAUCUGGAUAUAUAUAUGUGUAUAUAUAUACACACACACAUAUAUAUAUAUGUUUUUUCCAGACAGCUUCUACUGACAAACACAAAGUUCGUUUGUGUGCAAAUACAAGGCUAAUUAAAUGGUGCUAAAGUGUAUUAUGACUGUCAGAUAUAAUCAGGCAAAAUUUUGUGGUGCUUAAAUUAAUUUUUUCAUUUAUUUUUCAUUGAUCAGUGCAUUGAACAGUGUUUAUUCACAAGUUGUCUUUUAUUAGUGAAUCAAGGCCUCAUAGCACAUUGUUAAAUAAAAUGGUUUGAUUAGUGUGUGUAACAGCUCACCAAGCUAUUAUCUCUUAACUCCUUAUAAUGUUGUGUCAUUAAAGGUCAAGGGGCCAUGCUAUUAAUCUCAUUGCUUUAGAACCAUUAACACAACUGAACAUUUUCACAAAGUACUUAUGUUUACAAUGCUAUAACCCUUUGACUGCUGCGGCAACCUUUAACCACACAUGUCCCAAGCUAGAAUCAUCAGCAUGGUUCUUGCCAUGGCAAUCAAAGAGUUAAGGGCUGUGCAGUGAUUUGUUUUGUAUUUAUUAAUUUAUAUUUAUUUCAUUUCCAUUCAAGGAGGGGAGUUGGGGUGGGGCAGUUUUUGUCUGCUGUGUCUUAACCUAGGGAAGGGUUAAAUGGCUUUUUAUACUAUUGCAUCUUCUGUAUUUACCAUCAAUUCAUUGUGUUGUAAUUAAAAAAAAACUGUCAAUAAAUAAGAGAACAGAAAAAUG